AAUCGUUGAGAUAAAAUGAUCAAAUAUUUAGCUUGUAUCUUAUUAGCUUUACAAUUAAGCAGUGUAGCUUUUGCCCAUUUAUGCCUUUUUGACCCACCACAAAGACAACCAAAUUGGGGUGUUCCAAUCGGUUCAGGUGACAAUGCCUGCUAUCAAGUCGAAAGUAAUUGUGGUAACACUACUGCCGGCUCUCCAGUUGCCUUAUAUACCGCAGGAUCAACCAUUCAAGUUUUCUUCCAACAAAACUAUAACCAUUGGUAUGCACCAAACCCAGGAUUUUUAGAUGUUGGAAUUUCCUAUGGAGGUGAUAACGGUAAUUACAUCCAACUCUCACAAACCAUUUCAGAUUUCAACGCUUGGGAUAUGGUAUCUCAAACCAACUAUACUGUUUCUGUUACCCUCCCAAUUCAAUCUUGUAAAAGCUGUGUAUUAAGAGUUAGAUAUGUCAGCAACAAUGCAGGUGAACCAUACCCAGAUUUCUAUCAAUGCUCUGAUAUUGCUCUUGAAUAAAUAUAAAUAUAAUUAUACUAUUUAAAAAGUUAAUUUUUUUUUUAUUUU